AUGUCUAAAAGGUCCCAUGAUAAUGAUAAUGAUGAUGAAGAUGACUACAUGUCUGAUAAAAUCUUAGCCGCUGCUGCUCAAGCAUCUGGUCCUCAAUUAUUAAAUCCUCGCCGUCGUGUACCACCUCCACCGCAACCACCAACAAUUCCUAAAGAAAAAACUCGCCAUUUAAUUGAAGUAGAACAACGUGAACAAGGCUUAUCAACGGCAAUCACAAGUGAUAAUAAAGGUUUUCAGUUAUUGAAAAAAAUGGGUUAUAAGGAAGGUUCGAAAUUAGGUGCAAACCAAGUAAAUGGUUUAAGUGAACCAAUAAAAAUAAAUAUUCAUCCGUCUCGAUCGGGCCUUGGCGAAGUAAAUGAAAAGAAAGAAAAAAGUCGUAUGAAAGAAGAAAUUAAAAACAAAUUUAAUCAACAAAUUCAAUCCACCUAUCAAGAUAAUUUAAAGCAAAGAUAUUACUUUAAACGCGUUCGUAUUGAUAUUGCGAAAUGUCAAUCUGUAUGCGAAAGACUUGAUAAAGAGAAAUUAAGUCUCGAAGAAAAUAUUCUAUGGAAAAAUGCUAACAAAGAAAAGAAAGAAGAUGACGACGACGACGAAGAAGAAAAAGAACAAGACGAAGAUGAUGAUGUUGUAUCUAAAAUGGAAACUCAAUUGAAAAAAUUGACUAAUUAUUUAAGAGAAAAACAUUUAUAUUGCGUUUGGUGUGGAGAAACAUUUGAAACUUUAGACGAAUUAGAAAGCACAUGUCCAGGAAAUGAACGAGAUCUGCAUUGA